GGGUCAAAGGUCGUAAUGUCUGCGCCCAUGAAAAAGUAAACGCUGACGUAUGCAUGUCAAACACAAUGAUAAAGUAUGUAUGGCGCCCAUAAUGUGAACGUAAACCAGUUUUUCGUGGUUUAGAGAUGGUGAAGAUCUUUUGUUUUCCCUGGCCUUUCUCAACCUACUCACUACCUCAGUCUACUGUUAUAUCCAGAUCUACUCUCGUUAGAAUAAUCUGUGUGAGGUGUGAAACCGGGUCCGUAGGACAUUAUCACUUUAACGAUAUAACAUUCUUUCAAAUCUAUCUUGUCAACAGCAAGUCAAAUCAAAUGCAUUUUAUUUAGAGUCAAAAUAUUUACAUGAAACAUGUUAUGAGCGAGGCUUAUAUAUAGCUCUUGAAACCGACUCUAACAUAUCUUUACAUAACAUACAUGAUUAAUCAAUACAAGUACAUAAAUAAGACAUAUGUAUGUAGGCCUCCUAUCAAACACCAGAGUCACUACACUGCUACCAUUUUGUAAUGUGCAGCGAUCUGAACAUGCUCAUCUUAUUUUGUCUUGCGUGAUCAAGAGAUCAAGAGACUGUACCACAUCACGAGAAAAGCUAGCUCACUAGCAAAUCAGUAGAAGUUCUCUGUAUACUGUCUGCUGCACAGGGCAGUAAAAGUUCUCUAUAUACUGUCUGCUACAUAGAGCACAGUAGAAGUUCUCUAUAUACUGUCUGCUACACAGAGCACAGUAGAAGUUCUCUAUACACUGUCUGCUACACAGGGCAGUGUAGAAGUUCUUUAUGUACUGUCUGCUACACAGGACAGUAGAAGUUCUCUAUACACUGUCUGCUACACAGAGCACAGUAGAAGUUCUCUAUAUACUGUGCUACACAGAGCACAGUAGAAGUUCUCUAUACACUGUCUGCUACACAGAGCACAGUAGAAGUUCUCUAUAUACUGCCUGCUAGACAGGGCAGUAGAAGUUCUCUAUAAUUAUACUAACUGCUACACAGGGCAGUAGAAGUUCUCUAUAUACUGUCUGCUACACAGGACACUGUAGAAGUUCUCUAUAUACUGUCUGCUACACAGGGCAGUAGAAGUUCUCUAUAUACUAUCUGCUACACAGGGCACUGUAGAAGUUCUCUAUAUACUGUGCUAUACAGGGCACUGUAGAAGUUCUCUAUAUACUAACUGCUACACAGGGCAGUAGAAGUUCUCUAAUACUGUCUGCUACACAUGCAUACAAUUGGAUUGAAACACAUGGACACAAAACUCAUUUUAAACAUGCAAUUGCAUGUAUAAGGUAAAGCAUAUAAAAUUGAUAAAAGAAGCAUAGAUAUGGUGCAAUCUAAUUAAAAUCAUAUCUAAUCGUUAUAUAUCACCUUCUCUUACUGCAAAUGCUGGACAACUCGCCCUCAAGACAAGUCGCCCCCUCUCAGGACACCUCGCCCUCCCUCAGGACACCUCGCCCUCCCUCAGGACACCUCGCCCCCUCUCAGGACACCUCGCCCUCCCUCAGGACACCUCACCCUCCCUCAGGACAAGUCACCCCCUCUCAGGACACCUCGCCCUCCCUCAGGACAAUUUAGUCAGGGCGAGGACAAGUCUCUUGAGACAACUCGCCCCCAAUAUUAUAUAUAAAUAUAUUAUCACAUUUUAUUCACAUUUCAUUUUUAUUUAUUUUGUGUGUGUGUGUAAUUGUACAAAAAUUUACACUUUUUUAUAAUUCAAUUCGCAAGGAAAAUUAUAUUUACUGAUCUUCAGGUAAUUGAUUAAAUGUCUCCCAAUACUAAGAACAUUUUGGGUUUUUUUUGGGGAGGUGUGUGUGUUUUAUCGAUAAAAUAUACAUAAGUGUAAAUGUGAAACAUGAAUAUUCUGAUACAUGUAAUUAUCUUUUAAUGCAUUUCUCAACUAAUUCCCAUUGAAAAAUCAUAAAAUUCCCAUUUUUGAGAUUUUAUAACGGCUUUGCUUUACUGAUUCUUUUUAUGCGGUGAUUUCAAAGUGAAGAGUACUCAGAUGAUGAGUACCUUAACGUUUGAAGUAAAUUUAUAACAGCUUGGGGGAAAUCAGAUAAUUAGAUUUAACAACAGACGCAGAUCAUUGAUAAUUAUACUAUGUCAGCUGUAGACCAAGCUAAUACUCUCCCUACCAAACGCUAACUUGUUUCCACUGAAAUUAUAUAUUUUACAUGUACAUAAGUGAUGAUGAAUUUACUGAACCCAAACACUGGAUUUUCACUAAAAUCUUUCGUUUUACAUAAAAAGACACGAAGUUCGGUGUUUAUGUGAACAUGUCUUUUUGUCUGUGAUGUAUAACUGUAUGUAUAAGAAAUUUAUUAAUUUUUUCUAAUACAGCUCUUGGAUUUAGACCAAGAAUAAUAAUUGUAAACAUGUAUGAUAUGAAGGGGUGAGUUAAUUAUCUCAAGAGAGGGGGCGAGUUGUCCUAAAGAGGGGGCGAGUUGUCCCAAAGAAGGGGCGAGUUGUCUUGAGGGUGAGUAGUCUUGAGGGCGAGUUGUCUUGGGGGCGAGUUGUCCUGAUACCCUUACUGUUACAGGAGAAGUGUAACGGUUAGAGAAGAUCCGAUUUUGAUUAGAUUGAAAUGUGGUGUAUGAACACUGGAAAACAGCAGACACAAUUCAUACUCGUGUAUACAGAACAGUGAAGCGUUAGACAUGUGGGGAAGAGGUUCUAAAACAUUUAGAAGCCAAUUCAAAGGGCAUGGAUACGAUGUUGAAAUGCUGGAUGUCUGCGUCGUUGUUUUAUGUGGUGUUCCAGGAAGCGGAAAGUCAACGUUCGCAAACUAUCUGAUUAAAAACCAAAAGGGGGACAACUGUGAUGGACAGGGUGUCCAGAAACGAAGGGACGAUGCAAGCUCCAUUCAUUGGCUGUUGGUCUCCUAUGAUGAUAUCAUACCUUCGGAUGUAGAAAGAAACAUUAUAGAAAGAGAAGUGCCGAAUGCCUGGAAGUCACACAGAGAAAAAGUUCAAAAUGCAGUAGAGAGUCUUAUUCAGACAUUGAAGCCCAGUUCUGAGAUGACGGAACCAAUCACAAAUGAUAAUUCAGACUGCCAUUCUAAAAGUUUUGGAGAAUUUCUUUGGGAGAUGCGUGGCAGAGAGGAUGGAUCUGUUGUGAUAGUCAUUGAUGAUAACAUGUACUAUACCAGCAUGAGAUAUAAGUUCUAUCAGCUCACCAGAAAAUACCGUGUUGGCUAUUGUCAAGUGCACACCGAAUGUGAUACCGACGUGUCGUUGGUAAGAAACAGACAGCGCACUUCCAGACAAGUGCCUGAUGACAUCAUUCUCAAUAUGGCUGCCAGAUUUGAAGCCCCAAAUCCAGAACAUAACAGCUGGGAAAAAUAUUCAAUUACAGUGAACACAACUGUUAGUCCAGAAGUGUUAGAGGAUUCUGUGAUGCAGACUAUGGAAGUAAUAUCAAGGGCUUUGUCGGAUCCGUCUAAACCAAUAACAGAUGACGUGGAUCAAACUUCUAGAGAGGUGGACAGAAAAAUCUGCAGUGAGAAUAUCAUCCAUCAGGCCGACAUACUGAUGAGAAAACUAAUUGCUGAAUACAUGAGUCAAGCCAGCAAACAAAGCACAGAUAAAAGCCACAUGAAAGCCCUGUCAGCUAGUUUAGGGCUCUGUAAAUCAGACAUUUUACAGAACAUGAAGAAAGGAGAACUGUAUUUUGGCUCUCCUGAAGAGUUAGCCAGCAAACUAAGGGAUGUUUUCCAGGAAAAGAUGGCAGAGGGGAGUUAUGGAUGAAAUUCAACUGUUCCUAAUUGUUUAUACGGUAUAUUCUGACAAUGGAGUGGUAUAUUUUGUCUAGCAACACAGCAGAUUCCUAUACAGUUAUUCAUGAACAUGAUCUCCACCGUUCAUUCACAGCAGUACGUGUUGUGUUAGUUGACAGUCCUAUACUCUGAUAGUCGACAGUCCUAUAUUCCAACAAGGCCUCAGUGAAUGUCAUGCUUCAUCAAUAAGCUCCAUACACACAUGUAUAUAGCUUGAAUGAAACAGUGCUCUAGCAAGCUGACAGUCAGAAGUGUCUGGCCUUGAACCUCCAAGUGUCUGGCCUUGAACCUCCAAGUGUCUGGCCUUGAACCUCUAGCAGACUGACACAGUGUAUGGCUGGAUUAUAUUUACAGUUCUCUAUUCACAAGCCUUACAAAUACAUGUGAAUUGCAAAUGAAUUUUAUUGUGCAGGAAAGCAAAUAACAUCAGUACACUGAAAACAAUUUGACAGUUUUUGUUUAUAUUCCAACUUUUGUUGAUCAGGAUAAAUGCCCAUCACAAGAUUACUGGGCGUAAUCUACAAAAAAUAAAAGAAAAAAAUCUGAA